UUGGUCUCAACUGCCCCUGUAGGAAUAGUAAAAUAGCCGUUUCAGGCAAACAAAGUGACAAAUCCGGAUUUGACAGUGGCUUAUAAAUCCAAACUGACGCACAGAGAAACACAGGAGGAAUUUUAUCUCUUAAAAAGCAUAUUCUGCUCUUUUUUUAGCCACCCAAGGACGGCAGCUACAGUAGGAGGAGGAGCUAGCGGCGUGUUUCCGCUAAGAGCAGGCCGAGACGAUAAUCUAGGCAGCCGUACUGAGAAUUACAGAACAGCGGCGGAACAGUUGGCAGCUACUGCGGGAAACUGACUGUAAUUUGUUUAAUCUCCGGGGAGUACUGUUGUUCUCAUCGGAGGAAGAUAAUAAGAGACAGAGAAAGAGAUAGAGGCAGCGGGACUGUCAGCGAUGGAAGCCGAAUUUCGUGAAAUCGAUGAAAACGGCAGCUGGAACGCCAUUUAUCAGGGGAUUCGACAGCAGUCGAGUGAAUUUCCUUGCAAGGUAGCAAAACUACCUGAAAACAAGACUCGGAAUCGAUACAGAGACGUUAGCCCAUUUGACCACAGCAGAAUACGUCUGCAGUUAGGUACAAAUGACUACAUUAAUGCCAGCCUAAUAACAGUAGAAGAGGCACAGAGGAACUAUAUCCUUACUCAGGGACCCCUUCCAAGUACAUGUGGCCAUUUCUGGGAGAUGGUGUGGGAGCAGAGGACCCGUGGUGUAGUGAUGCUGAACCGGGUCAUAGAGAAAGGCUCUAUUAAAUGUGCCCAAUACUGGCCAGAAAGAGAGGAGAGAGAUGCCAUCUUUGAAGACACCAAUUUCAGGCUCACCUUUGUCUCAGAAGACAUCAAAUCUUACUACACAGUCCGUCAGCUGGAGCUGGAAAAUCUGUCUACUCAAGAGACCCGUGAGAUUUUGCAUUUUCACUACACCACCUGGCCUGACUUUGGGGUACCAGAGUCUCCCGCUUCUUUCCUCAACUUCCUGUUCAAGGUGCGGGAGUCGGGCUGUCUGAAUUCAGACCAGGGACCAGUGGUGGUGCACUGCAGCGCCGGCAUCGGACGCUCUGGGACCUUUUGCCUUGUGGACACCUGCCUUUUGUUGAUGUCCCUCCGUAAAGACCCGUCUUCAGUGCGUAUUCUCGAUGUGCUGCUGGAGAUGCGACGCUAUCGAACGGGCUUGAUUCAGACUGCAGAUCAGCUUCGGUUCUCCUACCUGGCUGUCAUUGAAGGUGCCAAGUACAUCAAGGGAGAUACUUCUGUGCAGGAGUCAUGGAGAGCGGAAUCCAAUGAGGAAGAUGAUCCUCCCGAGUUCACCCCUCCACCACCUCUUCCUCCUCCCAGAGACCCUCACAACGGCAAAGCAGAGUCGUCCUUUUUCUCUGACAAGUUCAUUCGAUCGACGGAGACUCACAGUCUGGGGUCAGAACAACUUCGAAAAAGGAUUCCAGCUGCUGACCCCUUGCCUGCUGCUGACCCGCUGCCUGCUGCUGACCCCCAGACCACUCCUGACGGUGCCGCUCAGUUCGACAGCCAUUCGGGAAUCCAAGCUGUUACCUCCAAUUCUCCGAACAAAUCCCAGCAGCAGCCAAAGGAAAAGUCUCCUGUGCCGGGGACUUGGUCCCCUCUACUAACCAAAGUGUGCCUGUGCACAGCGCUGGCUCUCAGUGCUUACGCCUGCUAUCGAGCCUGUUUCCACUGAUGUCCUUCUUCCUUGUCCCUCCAAUGAUGUUGCAAAGUGGACUAGGCUGGUCAAUCAGCCUGCUGUGACUGAGUGGAUUGUUUGGUCUUCAGCAGAUUGAUAUCUACUGGUUUUAAUUUUACAAAUGCAGUGAGAGGGUUUGGCUGGCCACCAACCUUAUGACCGACCCAAACGUUCUUUCCGUGUGUCAUCUUGGAUGCUCAGGGCCUCAAUUUUUCAGGUGUCACAUCCCAAAUAAUGUGUGCUGACUUGAAACACAGACUCAGAGUUUGUAAUAGCUCUGCUGUUCUGAGAAUCAGGAUGAAUGACCUAUCAGCCCUUUUUUUUUUUUUUUUUUUCCUUCUUCUUCUUCAUGAGUCUCUUCUCUUAUUUACCAAACGACACGUGAAUGUGUUCUUCCAUUUCAUUUGUAAAUCAUGAGCCUGUUAGGAUUUUACUUUUUUAAUGUAUCAGAAAUCAUAGAACCAGAUUUUUGACCAUCCUGUCUGAAAAUAUGCCAGUGUGGGAGAAACUUUGUUCUUUUCCUGUGGGUCAACAUGAAUCCCAAUGAGUAAAGUGAAAUGCAUGAAAUCAAGAGGGGAACUAACCCUGCAUGCCGGGGUGGGCCUUCAAUUGACUUUGCUUAGUGGUCUGCAGGUUGAGUACAUACGUUAUGUGUUUUUGUGUGUCUAUAUGUACAUUUGUGCGAGUGGUAGUUUUAAAUUCUGCCCAGUGAGAAAUAUUAAUAUAACAUUUACAGGACAUCA